AUGGCCUACAAAAAAUCAGCUGAUAUUUUUGACAUCUCCAGGUCGAUGUUCAAGUACCCAUGGCUGGAAUAUCCAGAGAGGACCAAAGAAUUCAGAAAAGCCAUGGCUCCUGUUCAUCUGCCCUUGUCCUGCUACCAGAUGCCAAAGGAAGAGUCCCCAAGCCCAGAGUGCUGGAGGCAGCACCCAAGCAAGCCACAUUCAGUGCCUCACUGCUACUUCAAGAAGCCUGAGAUCUACACACACUGGCACAUUCUAUACGAUCAGCGACAAGAACGGGAGGCCCAGAAAAUGUUGUGGAAAAUGAGAGAUCACCCUAGGCAACUCAAAGAGGACACACCUAUCCAAAAAUUCCAUCUCCCUAUGAGCAAGUUAACUAUAAAAUCUCAGAUGGGAUCCAAGCCCUCAGACCCUACUGGGGACCCCCUGAAGUGGCAAAGAUUAAAGGAUCUCACAAAAAGCCUGGAAUCUCCCAAAGAGCAUGAGCAGUUCUAUGCAGCACAGGCUCUGGGGUGUCUGGGCGUCAAUGACAAGUUUAUCAUGGAGGCACUGUGGCAGGUGGCCCAAACUGGUCCAGAGAAAGUGAAGUAUGAGGCCUGUCGAAGCCUGGCCAUGCUGGGUUGCCUGAAUAAGCACGUGAUCCAGGUUCUCAUUAAACAGUUGAAGGGGCAAAAUGAGGAGCAAAGGAUGGAUUCUCUGACAGGGCUACGAGCGGCUUUAAACACCUGGGCUUCUGUCCCCAAAGACAAGAGGACUCAAGUCGGGGAUGAAGAAAAGUUGGUACCUGUGCUGCAGAUGCUGAUAAAUAAGUCAUCGAAUGAAGCAGCCGUGGAGGCAGCCCUGUGCUUGGGUUUCCUGCGGCCCUGCAGCAACACAGCCCAAGAGUACUUGCUGCAGUGCCUAAGCCAAGGAUCAAAAACCCAGCAGAUGAAGGCACUUAGGAUGCUGGUGAAGAUGAUGCAUAUAAACACAGCCACAGUCAUCAGGGCCAUCCUAGACCAGCUGUGCCAUUCUAGUGUUCUGGAGCACCGCUUUGAAGCCACCCAGAUGCUCAAGACCAUUGGGCUGCAACAGAUCCGGGCACAAGGGCUGGAGGGAUCCACAUUUGACCUGCUCUGGAGGAAGACGUAUAAUGAACCUUUCCUUGCUAUGAGGCAGGCUGUGGCUGAAACCGUGGAAGAGCUCAAGAUGAAGCCUACGAUGAUGAACUUGGUGGAGGCGCAACUGAUGAACUCAAAUGCCACUGCACGCCAGGAAGCAGUCAUCUCUUUGGGUGUCCUGGGGAUCCGCAGCCCCAAAGUGUUCCACUUGCUCCUGGACAUGCUAGACGCAGAGAAGAGCCAGGCUGUAAAGAAAAGUCUAGAAGAAACAUUAACUCUGGUGGCUUCAAUUGAUCCCUGGAUCAAAAACAAGCUGAAGAACAAGGUUCUCUUUGUAUACAAGGCACCUAAGACUAAUGAGGAGGCAGGGCCUACAAGGUUCCGGAAAGAGCCUGAGAACCUAGAAGAGUUAAAUAUCCAAGACUUUCAACUUGUACAGCUGAACCCCUUGUUUAUUGCAAAGUCCAGAGCCACAUCAGACCAACAGAAAAACUCUGCCUUCCUACCCCAUGUCUCUAAACCAAAACACAAGGCACAGGCCACAGGGCCCUGGGUGCCAAAGAUCAGGAAACAGCUCCAGAUCCUUGCUAAAACCUCCAAAUAG